CUUACGAUACAGAAUGCUACAGAGUCCAGUUUUGUCAGGGCAGGAAAAACAUGUAGCUGGCCAACGAUCACAAGUGCAUUCUGUCCAGGGGUUUGCACGACCAGCUCGAACAGAUAGUUCGCAAGCUAAACACACGACCGCACACCUGCUUAAUUUUUCUACAGAUUCAUUGCAUUGAGGAUCGCAACGCUGCAAGGUUACCGAAGUGCAGUCAGAGAAAAGAAAAAGCUGGGACGUGAGGCAGUCCACGGACAAAGACCUGCAUUAGCCAUCGCUUCAGUUUACUGUAGGACAAAGCAGGCUGAGCCAACUUAGAAAUAUCGCACAAGGUCCUUUGCACGAUUUUUUACCCUUUUUUCCAGGGGGCACAACCGCGGACAUCAUGUCUGUGGUCUCCAAGACAGCGAAACCAAGACCACGCUAACCAUUUUUGCAGUUGAAAUUCCGGUGGAAAUUUUAGAAGCAUCCGGAUCCGGACUCAAAAGAAAAGGGGAAGGCAAGAGAGAAAAUAUAAAUACAUUGUCACCGCGCAGAAAGACACUUGAACUGUGUAAUAAUCUUAAGGUCACCUUAGCGGAAUCUUUUUGUACGAAAUGGGAAACGGAGCCGCUCCUGGCUUGUAAGAAUGUAUCCGCUACACAGAGAAAGGGAGCAGCCCAUCUUCAGCGCCCGGGCGCAUGUCUUCCAGAUCGACCCAGCCACCAAGAGGAACUGGAUCCCGGCCAGCAAGCAUGCCGUCACCGUGUCCUUCUUCUACGACGCCAACAGGAACGUGUACCGCAUCAUCAGUGUGGGCGGCACCAAGGCCAUCAUUAACAGCACCGUCACGCCCAAUAUGACGUUCACCAAGACGUCGCAGAAGUUUGGCCAGUGGGCGGACAGCCGGGCCAACACCGUGUACGGGCUGGGCUUCGCCACCGAGCAGCAGCUGCACCAGUUUGCAGAACGCUUCAAGGAGGUAAAGGAGGCGGCACGCCUGGCGCGGGAAAAGUCCCAGGACAAGAUCGAGCUGACCAACCCCGCACUGAACAUCGCCGCCCCGCAGUUUUCGCAGGACCUCUCCGAUGACCUGCAGUCGCCCCCGGUGAUGUGUGUCAACGGGCCGGAGGACAAGCUGUUCCGGAGCCAGAGCGCGGACAUCACGCUGUCCUCCGAGAAGGAACGCAUUAAAAAGAUGCUCUCUGAGGGGUCGAUAUGCGAGAUGAACCUGGAGGUGGAGCUUUUCACCCUGCAGGACAGCAACGCCAAGCUGGUGGCGGCUCUGCACGAGGCUAACGCUAACGUGGAACAGUGGAAGAAGCAGCUGGCGGCCUACCAGGAGGAGACCGAGAGGCUGCGGGAUCAGGUGGCCGACCUGGAGGCGCACGGUGGCCACGGGCCGAGCGACCUGCUGAAAGACGAGCUGACCCAGUCCCUGGAGGAGCUGGAGGCCCUGCUCAAGGCCAAGGACGAGGAGAUCCACAUUCUGCAAAGCAAGAAGUCGGACUACCAUGAGCUGGAGCAGGAGAGAGAGGAGGCCAUACACAGACUGCAGGAGCUGGAGAUGCGGAACGUGGAGCUGGAGCGGAGGGUGCAGAGCGUGGAGCAGACGCUGGCCUCCUCUCUGGAGGAGCGGGACCGUGCUGAGAACGAGGUGCAGAGGGUCAUCGACAUCCUGGACGUCAAGAUCUUCGACCUGAACGACCUGCGGCAGAGUCUGGCCAAGCUGAUCGACAAAUAGACCCCCCCCCACACCCCCACAC